AUGGUCCUUCUGGCUAUUGACUCGUCCCUCUGCUGGCCACACCGCAAAGUUGCGUGGGAAGAAAAAUCAGUAUUUCAGGGGUCCUGUAACGAAGGCAGAGGUGAGGUCUCUCAGGCAGCUGCAGAACUCCAGCAGUACUGUAUGCAAAAUGCCUGCAAAGAUGCCUUGCUUGUUGGCGUUCCUGCGGGGAGCAAUCCCUUUCGAGAACCCCGAUCCUGUGCUCUGCUCUGA